AUGGCGCCGCCACAGGGACAAGCGUCAUACAAGAAACAACCGGGCCUGCUGGCCAUAUCGAAAGAUCGCAAAUCAGUGUCAUGGACUCCCGCACAGCCGCCCGACGCCGCGCCUGCCUUGGUGCUGUCUGCAGCAAACAUCACCAACCUGCAACAGACGCCGGAAGCCAGCGCCAAGGUGAUGCUGAAGAUAUUUGCUCAGACUCCAGGCCAGUCGGAACCGGUGGCCUAUGUCUUCACAUUCACGUCGCCAAAUGACCCAAGAAGUGAGGCAAACGCCAUCAAGGACGCUCUGGCAAGUGUCAUUCAAGCCCAGAAAGCCGCUCAAAAUGCCGCAGCCGCCGCUUCAUCCGGCGGCCAAUCGGCGGCCAUGACGAUCGCGAACGCCAUCUCGGGCAGUGGGCGGACGAACAAUCUAUGGGAGGACGACGAGCGGCUGAUCACCGAUGUCAAGCUACAGCAGUCGCUCAUGCAGGAAGACCCAAAUUUGCGGAGGACGUUCUUGGAAGCCCUGAGCCUGAAACCGGACUCCAUAUCCACCACGCAGUUCACCCAACAAUUCUGGUCCUCGCGAGUUCAUCUGUUGCGGGCGCAUGCCAUAGCCCAAAAUCAGGGCAGAGGCAAGUACAACGUCUUUUCGGAGCUGCGGCGCGAAGACGGAGGGACCAAACUCAGCUUGACCCAAGAUCAUGUGCGUGCCAUCUUCGAGCAGUACCCAAUCAUGCGGACGAUCUACGACCAAGUCGUACCCCACCGAUGCAAAUCUGAAGUCGAGUUCUGGUCCCGAUUCUUCCAGAGCCAGUUGUUCAUGAAACUGCGCGGUCUUAAGUUCGAUCCGACCAAAGAGUCUCGAGACAAGUACCUCGACACGGACGAGUUCCUCAACCAUCCCGAAUUAACCGGACUCAGACCGACAUCUACUGACCUGCACAUACCCAAAUUCAUCGAUCUAGAGGGGAACGAAGAAGAUAACAGUCAACGCAAGGGCAAUCGGCCUGACAGCGAACUUCGAGCGACAGCUCUGGACAAGGCACCCAUCAUCCGCAAGCUGAAUGCCCUGAGUGAGAAGCUCAUGGCCGCAGUCACGCCGUCGGAUACCGAUGCAUCGGCUCCUAUUGGCAUGACUGAAGUUGAAUAUGAGAGGCUUCGACUCCGCGACUUGGAGGGUGACCCAGAGCAGCAUCGGAUCAUCUUGAACAUCCGAGACCAGAGCCGCUUCUUUUCCGACAGCCGCUCAGCUCAGGACGGGUUUCCGGCCAAUGGAGUCGACAGCAACCCAUUCCGGGGCCUCGAUCCGUCCAAGGCCAUCAAAGACAUCCAUGGCGAUAUUGUGCGCCAGUUCCCGAAGCCAGGGACCGGCGUUAUCCCCAUCGAGGCCUACGAAGCCGAGGAUGAGGAGAUGGACGACGACAUGUCGCGGUCAGAGUCUGGCUCGGCGGCCGCGAUGAACCACAUUCUCUCUUUGAUUCAAGCCCAUAGAAAUCAGACGAAGGAGAUCCCUGAAGCCUCUGGCCUCAGCACGGCCAUCUAUGACCGCUUGACCAUCACGCACGCCACGACAAUCGAAUUCCUGAGGCAGUUCUGGAAUGCGUUUCUUUCUGGAGACGCGUCCCGCGCAAACCAGGUGGCUUCGCUCGUGGAAAGUAUUAAUCGAGCACUCGACCGCAUCAACAUCAUCGCCGAGGACGCCGAGAAGGAGAGACAGGAGCAUAUUCGAGCUCAGGAGCGCAGUCUGGAAGAGCGGUUCCGCAAGACCGGGCGGAGGCAUCGACUCGACCAUAGCGCCAUCCAUGGCGGCGGCUCCGUGGUUAAAGAGCUGCUUGGUCCCACCAUCAAAAGUCUCGCCAACGCCGUCGAGAGGUACAAACAGGCCUUUGAGGAGCAGGCCAGAGGUCUGGGCGAUGGAUGA